AUGGGAAAUACCAUAUUUUUUAAAGUUAUAUUAUUCAGCAUUGCAUUAAUUGUUUUAUGCAUUUACAACACAUCAUCACAACGAAUGGUAAAAAAUCUUGGAUUAAAUGAAGGUGAGAUUUGUCGGAAAGCACUUAAAGCAAAUCAAAAGUAUGUGUGUAAAGCUGCAACACACUGUAACGCUUUCAAAGAAAGUAUUAGAACAAGUAAUUAUCUUGAUGUGUGUAAGUUCGUUGGUUUACUGCCGAUAGUUUGCUGUCCAAUAACGGCUAAUGAAUUACUAAAAACUAAAAAUGAGAAACUAUCAAUAUCUGCCACCAAUAAAAAAUGUUAUCAAUUUUCUAAAUUAGUUAAAAAUAAAAACGAGUUUUCAUUUGUGCGAGUUAAACCAUCUCAAAAAAAAGAGUUUCUACUAAUAUUGAAUCGUAAACGUCGUCUUGCUCAAGCAUCAGUACAGGGUAUAGCAGUCGAACUUCAAGAGUUUCCACACAUGGCGCUAUUAGGUUAUGGUGCCACCCCAACAAAUGGAGAGGAUUGGAAAUGUGGAGGUUCGCUGAUAAGCAAAAGGUGGAUAUUGACUGCUGCACACUGUCUAGAAAGUUCUGGGAAUAAGGCUCGUUGGGCUCGCCUUGGAGUUUUAGAAAGAGUCGUUAGUGAAACCAACGUAGAUCGGCCCAAUGACUAUGAAAUAGUUGGGCAUAUAAUACAUCCCGAUUACAAUCCACCUUCGUUGUACAACGAUAUAGCUUUAUUUCGUUUGGAGAGGAACGUCGUAUUUUCCGAAAAAGUUCGACCGAUUUGUCUUAACACUGAUCCGAAUUUAACUCCGCCAAAGCAAAUAGCUACUGGUUGGGGACGAAUUUCAACGGCUGGACCACUUAGUGACAAUUUGUUAAAAGUGGAAUUGGAUAUUUUCCCGAUGAAACAAUGCAACGAAAGUUAUUAUAAUGAUCCAAAAUUAAGAUAUGGAAUAUUACCUGAUAGCAUGAUAUGUGCGGGUUCGUUUGAUGGCGAAAGAGACAAUUGUUCGGGUGAUUCGGGAGGUCCACUUCAAUGUAAACAUGCCAACUACACGGGCAUGUUUACACAAUACGGGAUUACAUCUUUUGGGAGAUUUUGUGCCGACAAGGAUACACCCGGAGUUUAUACUAGAGUAGCCAAUUAUAUUCCAUGGAUCGCAAAAAUAGUAUUUUAA